AAACAAGUUGUCGCGUCUUGUAUACGAGCCUCGCUUGCUCUUUAGUCUUCGGUCUGCGUUCUAAGCCUGUGUCGGCAAUCCACUUUCUUCUGCUGAGGUGUUGUCCGCUGAUCUGAGGUGGAGGUAACUGGUAACUGGCAACUGGUGUGCAAGUCAAAAGGUGAGAGUGCUGCGCCAGUCGUCAGUCGUCCGCCGUUACACUGGCGUGAAUAUGCUGUCCUGUGUUAUUCAAGUAGUGCGACCGUUUUAGUGAUUUAGUGAUUUGCAGUGUUAUCUAUUACAGGUGAUCUGGCUCCAGUCCACAGUUCAUGCAAACAUGUGGAGGAGGAAUGUCAUCAAUGUGCUACCAUGGAUUACUUUUAUAUGUGCUCUGUUAUCUGCUGCUGCGCUACUCUACAGGUCGACAAGAGAUAGCUUCUACACGCUUAUUCACGAUGUUAAACAAAGGCGCAACUGGACUCAGAGGAUCAGCUGUUGUAUUGCAAGCAAAAGCAAAAGCUGCUGAACUGAAAGAAGCAGGGAUCGAGGAGGCAGUUGCUGAGACUGAAGUGAAUGGUACGAGCACAAACUCAACACAAGUGAAAAUAAAGUCUUUACUGACUGGCAUACCUCAAAAAGACUAUAUUUAUGAUCCGAAUCUGCCAAGAGAGCUGAAUGGUCAUAAUCUAACAAACUAUCCAUUUUAUAAUGCGGUACCACCAGACAUAGAGUUCGAUUGUGAUGGCCUUCACGAUGGCUUCUAUGCAAGUGUUCCCCACAAGUGCCAAGUCUAUCAUCAUUGCUUGUUUGGAACACGCUACGAUUUUCUCUGUGCCAAUUACACAGCAUUUGAUCAAAAGACAUUUAUUUGUCAUUUCGUUUCCGAGGUAGACUGCCAGAAUUCUCCCAAGUACUAUAAAAGGAACGAAGCUUUAUAUAAAGCAGCCACAACGAGUCCACCGCCAACGACAGCGCGACCCACCACAACAAGCACGACCACGACCACGACCCAAGCACCGCCUCCAAGCAACGGUGCACCCAGAAACGGCCCCACCCAUGGUCACCGACCAUUCAGGACACGUGGAGGUGGACGGCCUGCGGGAGCUUACCGGCGGCGUCGGCCUGUUUACUAUUACUACUACUAUGAUGAUGAUGAUGGCCCUGAUGACGGUGACUAUGACUUCUAUGAUGAACCAGUGGAAAGGGAGAGGCAGCAGCCUGGUGCAAAGGGAAACCGUAAACAGCCCAACCAGGGUCACGGACAUAGGGACAAUGACAACUAUAAAGGCCUUGAAACUCAACAAGCAACAUCAACUGAAGCCAUAAAGCCAUCAGUGAGACCGAGUAGUUCUCAAUCCCCUGCAUCGGGGAGCAGUGUAUAUGACAAACCUCGAGUUCCACCGAAAAUAAGACGUCCAGUUCCAAUUAAUGAAAGGGAUAAAUAUGAGUACACACAGCAAACAACAGAUGUCGGCCCAGCACCAACGGCUGAGACUGCGAAAAACAAGAAGACACAGCAAGCAAGAAGGCCCGUCAGCUAUGAUGAUUAUUAUGAUGAUGAGGAGGAGGAUGAUUAUCUCGAGGAGCAGCCACCCAAGUAUAAAAAAGUGAAAACGUCAGACUACGAAGCAGAGCCUUCAACUACAAGUGACAGCCGAAGACCAGUGUCCAGUCGACACAGACUACGAGUGCACAGUCACAGAAGGCCUGAUAGAUUUGAUGACGAUUAUGAAGAGGAGUACGAUAGAUUUAGAAAAAGGAAAGAACCUAGAAAUAAGGACGAUUACAACAGUCAGAGAUCAUCACGAUUCAGAAAUCGUGGCAAAUACUCGAGAGAUGAGGAGGCAGUGCCUGCUCAAAGACCAGGCUACAUUUCAGGUGGAAGAGCAAGCCCAACUAGCAGAAGAAAACCGCAGAAUGAAUAUCAAAGGCCACCUGCAAGAAAAACUCAUGACAGAAGACCUAUCUAUGAAGAUGACGAUUAUGAAGAGUACUAUGAUGAUGAUGAAGUAGAAGAUGAGAAAAUGCCAAGAAGGAAUAACAGAAAUAGACAAAGUGACAAAAGAGAUGAAUAUCAGGCUAGUGAUUCAAAAAGUGACAGAAGAGCCAAUAAUAAAGAAUAUCGAACCAAUUCAGACACUCGAAGUACUUCUUCAUUGAAAGACAUCCAAAGCAGAUCACAAUCAAACUUAAACAGCAAAUCAAGCAAUUAUAACGAUUCGGUUUCAAAAGAAACUAGUCAAAAUAAAGAAUCAAAAAGAUCAUCAAACAACAAGCAAGUGGGCAUUGAUAAUAAAAAAUUAUCAAGUUCAACCACAGAAAAAUACGCCAGUGAUGAGGAAUAUGAUGAUGGAGAAGAUUAUGAAGAACCCAAACAAACUCUAUUAAAUAGAACUAUUGAAAGUUUUAGUAUGAAAGAAUAUAAUAAACCAAGUCAGACACAAAGUAAUCCAAAUAAAAAUUCAAAUUAUCAAGUAAAUGGUGAACCUCCAAGUGCUGAUCAUUCCAAUGUGGACCAUCCUAAGAAUACAGAUAGUUUAUCAACAGCAAUGCCUUCUCUGAAUAAUCAAGAGCAAAGUAAUUAUAGCAGAAGUCCUGGCUUGUUCAGGAGUAGAACUUCAUCUGCUAGCAAUCAAUUUCAAUCAGUAACCACUCCAAUGACUUCGAACCAUAGAUUUCUCAGUACUUCCCCUGAUAAUAAUCAAGAUUCUGAUCUCAACAAUCGCUACAAAUCUGAUGUUAGGAGUAAAACUGUGUCAACCACACCCAGCAAUUAUUAUAGGAAACAAUCAAUUUCACCUGCUGUAAAUGAAGAUAAUUCCGAAGAAAUAUCAAAUACAAAACCACUAAGAAGUUCCAGCUCAAUUUUUGAUUCAUCAACUACAAUGCCUUCAAAAGAAAUGACAGAGUUAUCAGCUUAUAACAUUCCAUCUAGAUCCUCAGCUCCAUCUGCAGUACUUCACAGAAGGCCUUUGAAGUCAACUUCAUUGAAUACUAUAGAGACAACAACUUCAUAUUCUGAUGCAACUGCAUACUCAUCACAAAGACCAGUUGCAGCUAUUGGCUAUAGGAGAAUCGUAAAACCAAUUGAUUCAGAUGAUAAAUUAGUCAGAAAAGAACAAGCAUUUCCAUCUACUGGGUUUUCAGGGAAUUUCAGAAGACCAGUAAUCAAAGGUACAGAUUCAGACCGUGCUUCUCAAUUGAUAUUAGAGCAAACAAAUUAUGAUUCUACAGCGCCCGGGCCAUCUGCUCCUGAAGAGUCUCUGCAAUUGAAUAACAGGAACCAGAAUUAUAGACAAAAUCCAACAACUAAUUUCGACCUCAAUAUUCCAGAAGAAGAAUAUGACGUAACAUUGAAUGAUGCACUACAACCAUCAACUCUUCAUCCCACACGGAGUCUGGCAGAUUACCCAAUUCAAGCAAGGCUUAAAUCUAGAGGUUACCAAUCAAGAGUCACACAUCAAUCAAGGGGAGCAGCUUCCUAUCUCUUACCAUCAGCAUCACAGCAAUACGUGGCCAGAGUACAAACAACUAGAACACAAGACAAAGCAGUUGAAUCAGAGCCCAGUCAGAGUAAACAAUCUUCUCAAACAUCAGAUCAGGAAGAAUAUGAAGCAGUUGUUCUAUCUGCACCUCAGUAUGAUACAGGAUCUCUUCAUAGGUGGGUAAAUCAACAGCGACAGAUAAGACCAGCUGAAUGGUACUGGUGAUUCUAUAAUAAAGCUUUUUAUCUAAAUACGGUA